CUGACGCUAAUUGUAUAUGAGCGCGAGCGGCGGGCUCUCGGGUCUUUUUUAGCGCCAUCUGCUCGCAGCGCCGCCUCCUGCUCCUCCCGCCGCUGCCCUGAGUCACGGACUGCGCAGCUCCGGCCGCCGGGCGCCCCGUGCUCGCCAUCGAUAUUUGGAGUUCUUAACAACAUGGCAGACAUUGACAACAAAGAACAGUCUGAACUUGAUCAAGAUUUGGAUGAUGUUGAAGAAAUAGAAGAAGAAGAAACUGGUGAAGAAACAAAAAUCAAAGCGCGUCAGCUGACUGUUCAGAUGAUGCAAAAUCCUCAGAUUCUUGCAGCCCUCCAAGAAAGACUUGAUGGUCUGGUAGAAACACCAACAGGAUACAUUGAAAGCUUGCCUAAGGUAGUUAAAAGACGAGUGAAUGCUCUCAAAAACCUUCAAGUUAAAUGUGCACAGAUAGAAGCCAAAUUCUAUGAGGAAGUUCAUGAUCUUGAAAGAAAGUAUGCUGUUCUCUAUCAACCUUUAUUUGAUAAGCGAUUUGAGAUCAUUAAUGCAAUUUAUGAACCUACGGAAGAAGAAUGUGAAUGGAAACCAGAUGAGGAAGAUGACAUUUCGGAGGAGCUGAAAGAAAAGGUCAAAAUUGAAGAUGAGAAAAAGGAUGAAGAAAAACAAGACCCCAAGGGAAUUCCUGAAUUUUGGUUGACUGUUUUUAAGAAUGUUGACUUGCUCAGUGAUAUGGUUCAGGAACAUGAUGAACCUAUUCUGAAGCACUUGAAAGAUAUUAAAGUGAAGUUCUCAGAUGCUGGCCAGCCUAUGAGUUUUGUUUUAGAAUUUCACUUUGAACCCAAUGAAUAUUUCACAAAUGAAGUGUUGACAAAAACAUACAGAAUGAGGUCAGAACCAGAUGAUUCUGAUCCCUUUUCUUUUGAUGGACCAGAAAUUAUGGGUUGUACAGGGUGCCAGAUAGAUUGGAAAAAAGGGAAGAAUGUCACUUUGAAAACCAUUAAAAAGAAACAGAAACACAAGGGACGUGGGACAGUUCGUACUGUGACCAAAACAGUUUCUAAUGACUCGUUCUUUAAUUUUUUUGCCCCUCCUGAAGUUCCUGAGAGUGGAGAUCUGGAUGAUGACGCUGAAGCUAUCCUUGCUGCAGACUUUGAAAUUGGUCACUUUUUACGUGAGCGUAUAAUCCCAAGAUCAGUGUUGUACUUUACUGGAGAAGCCAUUGAAGAUGAUGAUGAUGAUUAUGAUGAAGAAGGUGAAGAAGCGGAUGAGGAAGGGGAAGAAGAAGAUGAGGAAAAUGAUCCAGACUAUGACUCAAAGAAGGAUCAAAACCCAGCAGAGUGCAAGCAGCAGUGAAGCAGGAUGUAUGGCCUUGAGGAUAACCUGCACUGGUCUACCUUCUGCUUCCCUGGAAAGGAUGAAUUUUCAUCAUUUGACAAGUUCAUUUCAAGUUUUUUGUUGUUUCUUUGUUUGCUUGUUUGUAGCCUAAAAUAAAAAUGUCAAAUAUAAUAAUUUUAGUUCUCACAAGAUAAUGUCUUACAAUUUUGUACUAAUUCAGGCAGAAGUGAAGCCUUAGCUUGAAUUAAGUAUUGUGCCCAGUUUACUAUUAUAUUGAAGAAAAGGGUGCCAACUCUGGACAAGGUGUACUACAUUUAAUAAGAAAGUAUAAAAAAAAGACAAAUGGUGUAAUUUUUUUUAAAGAGUAAGUUAAGUUUUAUUUCCUUUGGUUAGAAUGAGAGAAGGCCUCAAGCCUCUGAUGAAUUCCAAUUCUUACUGUUUAAAGUAUGAGUAUGUUGUUUACCCAUGCUUCUGUUUACUAUGUAUUAAAAUGGGUAGUACUGUUUACUUAACUACCUCACAUGUGUUAGACAUAUUAACUUAAAUUAUAUAUGAAAUAAUUCUCAACCUAUUGAAAGCUUAAAAAUUUGGAACUUUUUGCACCACAAGUAUGAUAUUCAGCCUUUUAGUCUACCACAGUUUGCUAAAUAAACCAGAAAACAAAAGUCAAGUACUUUACUCUGGAUCUGGUCAGGCAGUGCUCUUUUAGUGGCUCCUUAUUUAAUAAAAGUGGAUGGAUAACCAACUAUUUUCAAAGGUCCAAGGAUCGUUUUUAGGUAUUUUUGUUAUGACCAUAGAGAUCAUGGUUCUAAAGUAGAAGUAAGACCGUUUUUAAGGGGGUUGGGGGAAUCCCAUUAAAUUUGAUACUGUAGAGCCACAUUUAAAAUACCUCAGGCUAAUUACUGUUGAUUUUUUCUGGUGAACUUAAAAGAAAGUUUUGGCAGUGAGGGUGGACUAAUUGGAUUGUAAUUGGAAAACAGCUUGGAGUUUCUGCUUGUAAUAAAAUAACAUUAGGUUCAUUUUUAGAAAUGAUAGAGCUUCCAUUUUGAAAAUUUAGUAUUAUGGUCUUAGAAUGUGAAUGAAUACAUUUUGUUAUUUGUAUAGUACUAUCUUUUUCACUCCUGAGAUUUGAAUUAACUGCUGGAAAUCCUCAACCAAUUGCAAUAGUUUAUGUGGGGGGGGGGGGG